CGGACUCAGACUCGCUGGUUGUUGGUUCAUGAUCGCAGUCCGACGGUGUUUCAAUAUUUUGCCAGUCAACCAUAUACUGAAAUUGUUGAAUCCGAGGAGUGAUUGCGACUGCGUCACAGUAACAGAUCGUGGUUGACGAUAUAAGUCAGGUUGGUCCCCCGCGUUUCAGUGGGUUCCGCCGGGUCACCCCGCUCCACCAUUUCCGCGUCCACCAAGCAACGCAUCCUCUCACCAAACAACAACACAACACAACAUAACACACCAGAUUCGCUCCAGAAAGGAGCCAACCCUUCGAAAAAAAUGGCAUCCACCGCCAAAGCAGUCACCAAAGACUCCUCCCCCCUCUCCUUCAUGACCCACCUCUCUCAACACGUCUACCUCUAUCGCCCCUCAACUUCCACCACGCCGUCUCCAACAACAACAACCACAACCGGCAAGCGUCCACCACCAAAACUCAUCCUCCUCUACUCCUGGAUGGGCGCCCGCGACCCUCACAUCGCCAAGUACAUCACGCCCUACCAGGCUUUAUUCCCCAGCACGCCGAUCCUGCUUAUCAAAUCGGAGAUGAAGCACGUCUUUAAGCCCAAGAGCGCAUGGCCGGAGAUGGAGGGGGUGGUACCCGUUUUGCGAGAGAUUUUCGGUUCUGAAAUGCUUCAACCGGGUUCCGACAAUUUUGGCAGUGUGGAAGGAGAAUCGAGCACCGCGCUUGCUUCAUCCACAACCAGCAACAGCAUCCACCGGGAAAACGAAGAAGACCCCGACCCCGAACUCCUAAUCCACCUCUUCUCCAACGGCGGAUCCGCCCAACUUCUUUCGUUGCACCAGUACCUCCUCUCCCAGUCAACCCUCCGCCUCCGCCUGCCCUCGCACUUAACAAUCUUUGACUCUGCGCCAGGAAAAAUGGCUUACUUCCCCACCUAUCUCGCCCUCAGCCACGUCCUCCUCCCUCCACCCUCCCGCGCCCGGUUUCCCCUCUGGCUAUUUUCUCUUUCCACCCUCCGCCGCCUUUUUGUCGCGCCCCUAAUCCAUUUAUGGGUCUCCCUCCUCUGGACCAGUAACUUCCUCUCCCGCCUCCUCCGUUUACGCUUCCUCGAAUCUCCUUUGGGAAAAUUAGCAAGGGAGCAGAAUGAUACGGCUCCCGACAAGGGAAGGGCGGAGAGGGAAAAGGGACGGAUGUAUAUCUAUAGUGAGGAGGAUGAGUUGGUGGGGUGGAGGGAUGUGGAGGGGCAUAUGGCUGAGGCGAAACGGAGGGGGAAGAGGGUGAGGGGGGAGAAGUUUGCGGGGACUGGGCAUGUGGGGCAUGCGAGGGGAGGGGGGAAUGCGGAGAGGUAUUGGGGGGUUGUGAAUAGUUUCUGGGAGGGGGAGGGUUGGAGAUGA